AUGGUUUUAGAGGUCUUUCUUGUUUUCUUCAAGCCACCUUUCCACACUCUUUGGAGUCUCAAAAAAUUUGGUUUCAUCUUUCGCCAUUACUCGCAGUUGUGCAGGACCACUCAUAAAGGUAAUGUCACCACUUUCUUUUUUUUGGGAUUCAAUAACAAUGCUGUAUAUAAUCUGCUGCUCUUCACCUUGGUCCUUAUUAUAUACAUUGUGACAAUGUGUGGAAACUCUUUGAUCAUCAUGUUAGUAUAUUACAGCAAGUCCCUUCAUUCUCCCAUGUAUUUCUUCCUCUCUCAACUCUCUGUAUCUGACAUCAUGCUGACCACAGAUAUUGCUCCUAACAUGUUAAAUAUUGUUCUACAUGAGAGGACCUCCAUAUCUUUUUCUGGUUGCAUAUUUCAGUUUUUUUGUUAUUCUACAAUAGAAACAUUUGAGUGUUACCAUCUGACAGUGAUGUCCUAUGACCGCUAUCUAGCCAUCUGCUCUCCUCUGCAUUAUUCCUCCAUUAUGAAACAAUCACUUUGCAUUAAACUAGUUCUUGCAUCCUGGCUGUUGAGUUGUUCUUUAGCAUUCAUUAUUACACUUGGCUUAUGUGAACUAGAAUUCUGUGGACAAAAUGUUAUUGACUAUUUCUAUUGUGAUUUUAAUCCUCUUCUUGAACUUUCUUGUUCAGAUACAUCCAAAGUUCAAAUGGAAGCCACCUUGUUGUGUGUCCCUGUGAUGGUAUUACCCUUCCUUCUGAUAGUGGUUUCAUAUACUUAUAUUGUUGUAACUCUGUUAAAGAUAUCCUCCUUUUCAGGAAGACUGAAAUCCUUUUCUACUUGUAGCUCCCAUCUCAUUGUUGUGUUUAUAUUUUAUGGAACCCUAAAUGCCACAUAUAUGAUUCCAAAGGAAGGACAAUCACACACCACCAGUAAGAUAAUAUCCUUGUUGUACACGGUUGUUACUCCUUUAGUGAAUCCAUUAAUAUACAGCUUGAGGAAUAAAGAUAUUAAAGAAAUGGUAAACAAGGUUGUAUAUAACCAAAAGCUAUAACAAAUAAAACCAGUGUUCGGUGCCACAAUCAUGAAAAUUUGGAAAAC